CCCUCACAGGUGUCCUGCCUAUCUCUCGCGACCCCGCACGGAUUGUCGGAUCCGGCGCUAGAUGCUUCUGGUCCUUAGAUAGAUUGCGAGGUUCCUGUCUUCUUGCUAAAUUAGGGAUAAGAUCGCACUGUUUGCUUGCUCCCGUGGCCUCGUUAAUUGGAUGGAGCCAACGGAGAAAGAAUCCAUGAGCGCGUCAGAGGGGAGCGAGCCUAGGAACCACCGGCAGCGCACUGGGGUUGUUGAAAUUUGUUUGGGCUUUGGGGAGGGGGCGUGGCCAUGGCCGGGGAGGAGCAAUCGGGUCCGCCGGCGGCAGUGGAGAGGGUGGUGGUGGCGAUGAAGGGACACCCGGGGUCCGGCAAGUCCACGGCGGCGCACGCCAUCGCCGCCGCGCUCCGCUGCCCCCUCCUGGACAAGGACGACGUGCGGGACUGCACGCUGCGCCUCGAGCGCGCCGCCGCCGGCGAUAGCGGCAUGCUCAACGAGCUGUCCUACGCCGUGCUCUGGAGGGUCGCCGAGAAGCAGCUCAGGCUCGGCCUGUCCGUCGUUGUCGACUCCCCUCUGUCACGCCGCGCGCAUCUUGACGAGCUGGCCCGGCUGCCCGCCGCGCUUGUCGUUGUCGUGGAAUGCCGGCCAGGUGAUGAAGAUGAAUGGCGCCGGAGGCUGGAGGAGCGUGGGGACUUGUUGGCCGAUGGUGAUGGGUGGCACAAGCCCAAGACUUGGGACGAGCUGGAAAGGCUAGUGGAAGGCUACCGAGGUUGCACAGACUAUGACAUUGGGGAUGUGCCGAGGAUCGUCGUGGAUACGACAGACCCGAUGGUCGGCGCAGAGGCAAUUGCUGCCAGGGUUGAGGAUUUUAUCAGGUCCCUUCUGGCUCGUGCCCACUAGGUUUUGCUUUUGGAAGCAAAAAUGGAGAAUUGUUAAGCUCUAGAAUAGGAUUUGAGGUCUCUUAGGAUUUCAUGCUGUGUUGCUACUAUGAUGUGCUGUAUAGAAUUGAAAGUACAUAUGCUUUUCCUCUUCAUUUGUUCCUCCCCUAUCUUGCCUUGUGCAGCUUCGAUGGUCAAUCCUUGCCUCUGUUUAUGGGUGUUGCUCACAGGUAUUGUAAAAUGGCCCACCCCUUUCCUGAUAGUUUGAUACAGUUUCUUCAUACACUGAAAUAUAGUUUUUCCUGCAGUGCUA